AUGUUGUGUUCUUUGAAUACUGACCGCGCCGCCCUGCCGCCACGCGCCCCUCGCCGCCACGCAUCUCUUGUCACGCCCCGUACGCCACGCGCAUCCUGCCACUGCGCCCCUGCCACGCGCCCCCUCUUGUCACCGCCCCCUGCCCGCCGCCUGCCCACUCUUGCCCUGCCCACCACCGCCCCCUCGCCCACUGCACCGCCCCCUGCCCACCACGCCACCCCCUGCCAAUGCACGCCCCCUGCCCGCCGCCCUGCCACUCACGCCCCCUGCCGCCACACGCCCCCUGCCGCCACGCGCCCCCCCUGCCUGCGCCGCCGCCCUGCCCGCCACGCCCCCACCUGCCAAUGCCGCCCCUGCCGCCCGCCCUGCCCACCACGCCCCCUGCCCACCACACGCCCCCCUGCCCUGCGCGGAUCACCGCGCAUCCUCUUUGCCGCCGCCGUCAUCUCUUUACUCUUCACCCGCCCCAUAUUUUAUAAUGCCCCCUCUCUGAGCGCGCCCCUGCCCAUCACGCCCCCCCCUCGCCACCACCGCGCCGCCUGCCCGCCACGCACGCCCACCAACCACACUCACGCCCUCUUGGUCGCCCGCCCGCCGCCCCCUGCCGCCGCGCGCAUCCUCUUCCUCUUCGUCGCCAUCUUUCUUGCGCCCCUGUGCCCCCUCUUCGCCGCGCGCCCCCUCUUGACCGCCUUCCUGCCGCCGCGCCCCUGUGACCACUUGCGCCCCUCUUAA